CUCUUUUAUUCCUUCUUUUUUUUUACCUUACCAAUGCGAUUUGCUGCAACUCUCGCGUUGGUCGCCGCCGCGUCUGCGCUCGUGUGCGCUGCGCCUGCGCCUUACACUGCCGUCGGCGAUGCCAGUGCAGACCACAUCGCCUCGCUGCCCGGUCUGACCACGGCAAUCAACUUUAAGCAGUACGGCGGUUACCUCAACGUCGAUGCCCAGCGCGGCCGCAACCUCUACUACUGGUACACCACCCCCGACACGACCUCCGCCAACUUCCAGUCUGCCAACAACACGCUCAUCCUCUGGCUCAACGGCGGUCCCGGUUGCUCGUCCGUUUCGGGCUUCUUCUCUGAGAACGGCCCGUUCCUCGUCCAGUCGGACGGCCUGACCAUCCAGCUCAACCCCCACGCUUGGAACAACGCCGGCCACGUCUUCUGGCUCGAGAGCCCCGCCGGUGUCGGCUUCAGCUACUCGGACACCAAGGCCGAUUACAACACUAACGACGACAAGACUGCCGUCGACUCGUACACUGCCCUCCAAGUCUUCUACACCCGCUUCCCCGAGCUGCGUUCCAAGGCACUCUACAUUACUGGCGAGAGCUACGCCGGACACUACAUUCCCCAGCUUGCCCAGCAAAUCCUCGCCCACAACACUGCAGGCGACCAGCCGUUCAUCAACCUUGUCGGCAUUGCUGUUGGCAACGGCCUGACCAACGAGGACGACGACUUUGCCGCUCCCAUCACUUUCUUCCGCCAUCACUCGAUUGUUUCGCCCCAGGCUUACGCCAAGGCCAACACUGCCUGCCAGGGCAACUUUGUCUCCAACGCUCCCGGCUGCCAGUCCGCCGUCAACUCUGCUCUGGCCGUCAUUUCGGAUCUGAUUGACCAGUAUGACGUUAUUGAGGAUGUCUGCCUCGACGACAGCCCCGAGAACCGCGCCAAGCUCCUCCCCACCCGCCGCGCUCGUCAGUCCACCAUGCUGCUCAAGAACCACCCCCACUUUGGCGAGAUGCCCAUCACUCCUCCCUGCGUCGACAACUACAUUACCACCUACCUGAACCGCGCUGAGGUCAAGGAUGCCAUUCAUGCCAAGGGCAGCAUCUCCUGGGAGGAGUGCACCGAUUCGAUCAACUACACCUUCAACCACUCUUCCAUUCUGCCCGUCUACGAGCAGUUCUUUAACAACUACAAGAACCUGUCGAUUCUGAUCUACUCUGGUGACGCUGAUGGUGUCCUCCCCUUCAUUGGCACUGAGGGCUGGCUCGCCCGCCUUCCCCUGACCAUUACCGAGGCAUGGCGCGAGUGGAAGGGCUCUGACUUGCAGAACGCUGGCUACACGAUCAAGUACGACAAGCUGACCUACCUGACCAUCCGCGGUGCUGGCCACAUGGUUCCCGAGUUCCGACCCAUGCAUGCACUCGACUUUAUCACCCGAUUCAUCAACAAGCAGCCCUUCUAAAAUGCACCGUGAUUUCGUGUGUGUGCUUUUUGUUUUGCCAACAAGUUACAAUUUAGAGCAAAACCUCCCCUUUCCACCGCCAAA